AUGAACCUAUCUUUCUGGAAUGUGAGGGGACUGAAUAGACCCUCAAAGCAAAAAAUUGUUAAGCACCACUUAUGGCAAUAUCAUGUCUCCUUUAUUGCUUUACUGGAAACUAAGAUCAGAGAUUCCUUAUUAUCAAGUACUACCAGGUUUAUUGCUAAAGACUGGAGCUGGCUGUCAAAUGUUAGAAGUCCUGGUAAAGCUAGAAUUGUUAUCCUAUGGAAUCCUAAUAUAUUAAAUAUACAAUUGAUCAGCUCUUCUGAUCAAUGUAUCACAUGCACAGUGAAAUCUCUUGAUGGUAAACUAGAUUGUGUAAUUUCAUCUAUCUAUGGUUUCAAUCAAAUGGAAACAAGGAAAGAGUUGUGGUCUGAAUUGAAGUCUAUCCAUCAAACUGUUGGAAAUACUCCUUGGCUUUUAUUUGGGGAUUUUAAUGCUAUUAUCAGCAAUGAAGAGAAAAUUGGAGGUAGUAUCCUUCAUGAUUCUGAAACUGAGGAUUUCAGAAACUUCAUUAAUGAUUGUCAGCUGGAUCAUUUGAAAAACAUUGGAUGUUUUUAUACUUGGAACAACAAACAGGAUCAUGGAUCAAGGAUUUGGAGUAGAUUGGAUAGAGUUUUGAUGAAUGAUAAAUGGAUUCAAAAUUACAAUUCUAGCCAAGUGGAAUUUUUAUUACCAAAAAUUUCAGAUCAUUCUCCUGGGCUCAUCACAGUUAGUGAAGACAGUUAUCAGGGCAAGAGACCUUUCAAAUUUUUUAAGAUGUGGACAAAACAUGCUUGUUUCCUCCCUACAGUAGCAAAUAUCUGGCAGCAAAGGAUCAAAGGAUGUACCAUGUUCUCAGUUUGCUCUAAAUUGAAAACUUUGAAGAUUGCUCUGAAGGAUAUAAAUAAGAAAUUUUUCUAUAAUAUCAGUGAACAGGUUUAUCAUGCAAAGCAAGCUCUGGAGGAUGUGCAGAAAAAUUUACAAACUGAUCCUAUGUCUCCGGAGUUUAUUAAACAGGAAAAGGUCUGUAUAUCUAAAUACAAUACCUUAAUGGAUUGUGAAUUAUCCUUCUACAAGCAAAAAGCAAGAACUGAUUGGAGUAUACAAGGUGACAGAUGCACUGAACUGUUUCAUUCAAUGAUAAAAGCUAAUAGGCAUCAAAACAGAGUUAUGAUUCUUUACAAUAACUUGGGACAAAGACUAACAGAAGGAGAUGAUAUUGUUAAGGAGUUUAUCUCUCAUUUUAAAAACCUGAUGGGGACUGCUAUGGAUACUACUUCUCCAAAUAUCAAUAUUAUUCACCCAGGACCAUGUCUGGAUGAUUCUCAAGCUAGUUCUCUGAUUGCCUCAAUCACUAAUGAGGAAAUCAGAAAUGCUAUUUUUUCCAUGCCAGAUAAUAAAGCACCUGGACCAGAUGGCUACAAUGCUACAUUUUUCAAAUCUUCAUGGAGUAUAGUUGGAGAUGAAGUUACUCAAGCUAUUGCGGAUUUCUUCAGAACUGGCAAGUUGCUAGAUAUGUUACUGGGUCUGCAGUUUCCAAAUAAAAUGGUGGACUGGAUAAUGACCUGUAUCACUAUAAAAGAUAUGUUACUGGGUCUGCAGUUUCCAAAUAAAAUGGUGGACUGGAUAAUGACCUGUAUCACUUCCCCAUCUUAUUCUAUCUCCCUUAAUGGCUCCCUACAUGGGUAUUUUAAAGGGAAAAGAGGCCUUAGGCAGGGGGAUCCCCUUUCUCCCUACCUAUUUAUCCUUGGUAUGGAGUAUCUCUCAAGGAGCUUGGACCUGUUGAAAAAUGAUAGGCAAUUCAAUUUUCAUCCAAUGUGCAGAAAGCUCAAGAUUUCCCAUCUGGUCUUCGCUGAUGAUUUGUUAUUAUUUAGCAAGGGUGAUCUGAAUUCAGUCCUUAAGCUCAAUCAGUGCUUGAAAGAAUUUAGCUCUGUUACUGGUCUGGAACCAAACUCAGAUAAAUGUCAUGUUUUCUUUGGUGGGGUACAUGAAGCUACUAAAGUUUCUAUUAAAGAAUUAUUGGGUAUUGCUGAAGGUUCCUUGCCUAUUAGAUACUUGGGGAUGCCUCUUGUAUGCAAAAGAUUAUCAUACUCAGAUUGCAAUCCUCUUCUUAAUAAAAUCAGCAAUCAAAUUCAGUUAUGGUCAAAAUCAAAAAAUCUGUCAUAUGCGGGGAAAUUACAAGUUAUCAAAAGUGUUAUCUUGGGUGUUCAAAUAUACUGGACUUCCUGUUACAUCCUGCUUGUUUGUGUACUUCAGAAAAUUGAUGACAUAUGCAGAGACUUUCUUUGGGGAAGAACUGAGCACUCUCAAAAACCAUCAUUAAUAGCUUGGGGAAAAAUUUGUUGUGAUAAGAAAUCUGGAGGUCUAGGCAUUUUUUCAGCUCGAUUAUGGAAUCUUGCAGCUGCUUUGAAGAAUAUAUGGUAUAUCCAUUUGAAUAAGGAACUCCUUUGGAUCAAGUGGAUCCAUGGAAAAUAUUUGAAGAAUGGAGACAUAUGGCUCGUCAAUGCUAAAUCUGGGGAUUCCUGGCUUUGGAAACAGCUUAUAAAAUCCAGAGAUAGAGCUGCUGUUUUAGUUGGAGGUAUUGAUAUUUUGAAACAAGUCAUUGGCUCUUGCUACAAAAAUUCAAAAGUUAAAACCUCUGCCCUGUAUGAAGCUUUAUCUCCCACUGUUCCUCAAGUUCCAUGGUUUAACACUGUAUGGGAGAAAAUGAAAUACCCCAAGCACUCGUUUAUUUGUUGGCUUGCUGUUCAGAAUAGGCUAUUGACACAAGACAGGUUAUUGAUGAUGGGAAUUAUUCAAUCAAAUAGCUGCUGUUUAUGUCUAGGUGCAGGUCCUGAAGAUCGUGAUCACCUAUUUUUUGACUGUGUGUAUUCUCAGAAUGUAUGGAACAGGGUUAUGUGUUGGCUUAAGUUUAAAUGGAGAUCUUGUAGUUGGAGCUACCUAUUGGAUUGGUUCAACAAUUGCUUAAGAGGCAGAGGAUUCAAGAAGGGGAUCAAGAGGAUGGCUUUUUCGGUUACUCUUUACAAAAUAUGGUGUGAGAGAAAUACUAGGAUUUUCUCACAGACUUCAAAGGGGUUUGAAUAG